AAUCAGAUGUUUUAUGACAGUAAAGGAAAAAAUCUGUUGUCAUCAUUUCUUGGUGAUUUAAACAAAUUGGCUUUUAUUGAUCAUUUUGUUAGCAAGCAAAUUUGUGAAUUCCUUUUUCCAUAUUAACUAAAAUAGAAACCAAUCGCAUAUCAAAAAUAAAUGCUACAUCAAGCAUAAUUUUAAGAAAUGGCUGAAGCGCAAAUUGGUCGACGAAAUGCAUGUAUUGUAGUAUUGGGCGACAUUGGACGCAGUCCACGCAUGCAAUAUCACGCUGUUAGUUUACUCGAAGAAAAUUUUAAUGUUGAUAUCGUUGGCUAUGUAGAAACAAAGCCGUUGGAUGUGUUAGUUAAUGCACCCAAAUGCAAAAUACAUGAAUUGUCACCAGUGCCUGUAACAAAUCUGACACCCAAAUUAAAGCUUGUAUUCAAAACAUUCUGGCAGACUUUGAGCUUGCUGAUAGCGCUAGUUUCAAUACGUCGCCCAAAUUGUUUGCUUGUACAAAACCCGCCAGGCGUACCUACAUUGAUAGUUUGUUACCUUUAUUGUGCGCUUACUCGAACAAAAUUUGUCAUCGACUGGCAUAAUUACACGUACACCAUAUUAGCUUUAGGCAAUGUGAAUGGAGAAAAGAGUGGAUUUUGUCGUUUAGCAAAAUGGAUUGAACGUUCGUUUGGAAGCAAAGCAAAUGCAAAUUUUUGCGUAACCAAAGCUAUGCAGCAGGAUUUGAUUCUAAAUUGGAAUAUUGGUCCAGCUGUUGUCUUAUACGACCGCCCCCCUACACAAUUCCAUCCCAUUGAAUUGGCACAGAAACACGAGCUAUUCAUGAAAUUAUCCAAGGUGUAUCCACAGUUUCUGCCAAAAUGCUAUUUGGAUUUAAAGGAGUCAGGUGUUAUUGAAACAACAGCUCUUACCCAAAAAUUAAUUAAUGGAAACGUUUCACACAAACCACAAAGAGCGGCUAUAGUGGUAUCUAGCACUAGUUGGACACCAGAUGAAGACUUUAGUAUACUUCUAAAAGCAUUAGAGGAUUAUGAGAACACUGCUACAGCGCGCCCAAAAAACUUUCCUUCUCUAUUGUGUAUCAUUACCGGAAAGGGACCACAGAAGCAAGAGUAUGAAACACAAAUUGCUAAGCUAAAAUGGUCGAAAGUUUCUAUAAUUACGCCAUGGUUGGAAGUAGAAGAUUACCCAUUAAUUUUAGCGGCAGCCGAUUUAGGCGUGUGUUUACACUGGAGCAGCAGUGGUUUAGACUUACCUAUGAAAGUGGUGGAUAUGUUCGGCUGCGGCCUGCCGGUAUGCGCAUAUAAUUUUAAAUGCCUCGGUGAAUUGGUGACGCACGGACAAAAUGGAUUCAUAUUCGAAAAUCAAAAGGAACUGGCGGAUCAACUGAUAUUUUGGUUUGAAAAUUUCCCAAGUAAUCCGCGUUUACUAGAAACCAAGGAGCGUUUUCGGAAAAAUUUGCAUGAAUUUCAAUCAUUGCGCUGGCAUGGGAAUUGGAAAAAUAAUGCUUUGCCUGUUUUUAACUCUUUUACUUAAAAACACCACGCCAAAACUGUAUAUAGUAUAUAAUACAUGUAUAAUAUUUAUGUACACCCACAAGUCUGUUGUUUUAUAUUUUAU